AUGGGGGUGCCGGUCACAUAUCAAGUCAACAACGCCUACUACACAAGUGGGUACUACUUGACUGACGGCAUCUAUCCCAAUUGGCCUGUAUUCGUGAAGAGUCCUACACAUCCGACGGAUCCGAAGGGGAAGAGGUUCAAAGUGAUGCAGGAAGUGGCUCGCAAGGAUAUUGAACGAGCCUUCGGCGUCCUUCAAGCUCGUUGGGCAAUCGUCAAAGGCCCAUCGCGUCUUUGGAGCAAGGAGACGAUGAGCGACAUCAUGUUCACGUGCAUCAUUUUGCACAACAUGAUCAUCGAAGAUGAAGGCGAGCACGCAACACAGUGGGAAGAAGACGCCGACGAAGCUUCAAGUAGCGACGCAUCUCAACCUCAUGCCGGUGCUCCGCCGGAUUUUCGUGCAUUUGUUGCACGACAAGCAUCCAUGCGAGACGCGGAGAUGCAUGCUCGCCUCACUUUGGACUUGAAUGAGCACAUUUGUUAUGUAUUUUGA